AUGGAAUACACACGGUUCUCGAUUCUAUCGCCCAUCACAGCCACUAUUCGGCGUCGGCUCCCUAGGCUCUAUUCGUCUCACAGGGCUGACGCCGAAAACCAAUCGAGCGGGGAUCUGCAGCACGGACUGAUCUGGGGGUCGGAUACCCCUCCAUCUGAGGAGAGCGUAUCACCUGUCAAGUAUGAGACAGGGUCCGGCUUGCGGUGGAAUAGGGUGGUUCCUGCGUACAACCUCCUGCGUAAUGCAGGGUACGAGGCUCAACAACCUCAAGCUGAUGGCCGUCUGGCACGUUCGCUGUACAUCAAUGCUCUGAUGUAUCUUCUAGAUGCACUUCCCUCGGAUCUUACAGCAGAGGAAUCUGCCAUGCUUCAAUAUCGUCUCCCAGAUAAUGUUAAGUCAUCGAUAGUGACAUCCUCGCAGCCCUAUGCAACACAGCUGGAAACCAGCAUGUCCCCAAGGGCAAUCCCCCCAGCGCGAUCUUAUCUUCAUAGACUUCUUGCGUCCAUAAUUGUUCAGAUCUUUCUCUUGGCCCGCUUUCUUCUGCCUUAUUUCAGACUUCUGCUGCGCCAGGUCUAUGAAUACGAGCGGUCACACCGCAUCACCCAACGAAUUGUUAUGACGACAUUAGACGCGGCGGAUGAGCUGGGGAAGAAAAGCGUCGAUAUCGGCUCAGCGGUCUGCAGAUUCAAUCAAGGCCGUGUUGGUGUAGCAGUUGCGAACCUUGCGAGCUGGUGGGUGGAGGGAAUCGCAGGUGGAAUAUAUGAAGGGGUUGGGGAGGGAAUGAUGCACAUGGCACAAAGGUCCUCUAAGGACUUGCAAAAGUCCUUCAAUUCGCCAGCGCCCUUGAUCAAUAUCAUUGAUCAACUACACCUGGAGUUCUCAAGCUUGCGACAUGCCGCACCACUAGGGGUCUAUGUGAGCCUUGCGCCUGGCGACCCAACUCUUUGGAGUGGUGUCAUCUUCGUUCGCUCCGGACCCUACGCCUCCGCUAUCCUUCGUUUCCAAAUUCGCUUCCCAGAUAUCUAUCCAGAUCUGCCACCUCUCGUGACCUUUGCAACGGAUCUCGACGAACGACGACCCGGUCAGCGCGACGGACGAUGA